UCAUAGCCCUGUUGUAAGGGGUAGCCUCAAGAACAUCUCGCGAUAGUCAUUUCACAUUAACUUGUCUUAAAACAAAGUCAUUGCUCAUUUCUCUUGAUAUUUUUGUAUGGAUAUCUAACGAUCAAUAGCAGAAAUGCAAACACCACCGUCUGAGUUACUGUAACGAGUACUAGCUAUUUCGUAUGCGGUGUAGAUUGUUUGGGCGUUACUCGACGGGAGUUGGCGUAAGCUUUAGCAGCUAGCUUGUGCAUGCUACAGCCGUUAGCUUGGCUGCUAGCCGCCAGUAGAGAAAGUUGGAUUAUAUUACUUUACCAGUGGAUUUCCAGACGGGGUUUACAAUAGGUUCUCAGCAUCAUACCGGGGACCAGAUCCAGGCUUUGCACAAAAUGCUAGCUACAGGAGCUGCUGUGACUACGGCUCUGGCCCAGGUGGACAGAGAGAAAAUCUACCAGUGGAUCAAUGAGCUGUCCAGCCCGGAGACCCGAGAGAAUGCUCUGCUGGAGCUCAGCAAGAAGCGGGAGUCGGUGCCCGACCUGGCGCCCAUGCUCUGGCACUCCUGUGGCACUAUUGCGGCUCUUCUGCAGGAAAUCGUAAACAUCUAUCCAUCGAUUAACCCGCCUACGCUCACGGCCCACCAAUCCAACAGGGUGUGCAAUGCCCUGGCACUUUUGCAGUGUGUUGCUUCACACCCAGAGACAAGGUCCGCCUUUCUCGCCGCCCACAUCCCCCUUUUCCUGUACCCCUUCCUGCACACCGUGAGCAAAACGCGGCCCUUCGAGUACCUGAGACUCACCAGCCUCGGAGUCAUUGGGGCCUUGGUCAAAACGGAUGAACAGGAAGUGAUUAACUUCCUCCUCACCACUGAAAUAAUCCCACUUUGUCUGCGCAUCAUGGAGUCUGGCAGUGAACUGUCCAAAACGGUCGCCACGUUCAUCCUGCAGAAGAUCCUAUUGGAUGACACUGGAUUGGCAUACAUAUGCCAGACUUACGAGCGCUUCUCUCAUGUGGCCAUGAUCCUUGGGAAGAUGGUUCUGCAGCUCUCCAAAGAGCCGUCCGCACGCCUGCUGAAACACGUGGUCCGCUGCUACCUCCGCCUCUCUGAUAACCUCAGAGCCAGAGAAGCCCUGCGACAGUGUCUGCCCGAUCAGCUGAAGGACAACACGUUUGCCCAGGUUCUGAAGGACGACACCACCACCAAGCGAUGGCUGGCCCAGCUGGUGAAGAACCUGCAGGAGGGCCAGGUCACCGAUGCCCGGGGAAUCCCGCUCUCCGCUCAGUGAUGGGGACUUAAAGUGUGACACACACACACACACACACACACACACACACACACACACACACACACACACACACACACACACACACACACACACACACACACACACACACACACACACACACACACACACACACACACACACACACGCGAGCUCAGGCUUGUGUCCGGCGGGAUCGUGAGCACAGAGACACUUAAAGAAGAAUCCGGAGUUGAGUCCAGUGUGGGAACGCGUGACUAGAAGCUGUGUUUGCCACAAUAAUGUCACGACAUACAUGUGGAAUAAGCAUCGGAGUGGAGCACUUAAAUGCUCAUGGGGCAUUUAACAAACAAACAAACGUAUCAGAGCAAAAAUGAAUGCUGGCAUCAAUAGUCUUUCAAAUGUCUUCGCAGAAAUGCCAAAAGGUUGUGUGUACAGUUUGGUCUUUGAAAAAGGUGCAGUACAGAAUGAAAAGCAGGUAUUUGUGCAUACGGAGAGUUAGUUUUCCAUCAUAAUGUGCCAGAAUUCUUUGUUAAGAUGAAUCCAGGGGGAAUAAUUUGUAAUGGCCUUUUGUUCCCUUCCUUUGGUACACGCCUUUUUCCUGCUGUAACAUUCCUGCGACUGAGCAAUAACUGUAAUUUGUUGCCUCUCUUCGUGUUUAUUACUUUUCUUUACUUUUGAACGAUUUGUUUGCCAGACUAGUGUAUAAUACAGCUUGAGAUGAAUGGAAAAUGGAUUUUUAUUUUAAUGUAAAAGUUGUUAUGAGGGAGUAGUGUAAGAUUUCACUAAAGUUUGAUUUGCAUACAGAAAUCUUUAUGAAACUGUCACGGAGCCUUUAUUUUUGGUUUGUAAGAAAGAUGGCCCAAUUUCUAAAGCUGUUACGUUGGAACAUAUAGUUGGGACAUUUUGCAUAACAUUAAUGCAAAUCACCCAUAUUCAAAUUUUAAAGAACGCAAGAUGAAGGACAAGAAAUAUUAGAAGCAUUGGUUUAAAAUAUCAGAUUUCAAUAAAUCAUUAAUCCAAAUCCGUAUAACUC